AUGACAAAUUCUCUGAUUGUCGAUGUUCUAGUUCAUCUACGCCGUGGAACCCUAAUUUGCCGUCAACUUCACACACCAUUCAACGCCUCCACCAUCGACUCCGACAACAUCACACACCAGCAGCACACCACCACCUGUCUCCACUGGUCCCUUCACGCUUUAAAAAACACAUUCUCUAUCGCCUUCGUCGCAUGUCCAGCCACCACCGACGGAUGGAUCUCGUGGGCCAUAAACCCGACCGGCGAAGGACUGGCUGGAGCAUAG